CAGCCCUAGGUUCUAGGGUCGUGUCUCUUUCUUUCUUUCACUUCGUCAUAGAGAUCUACGGUGUUUUCGAGCCCAGGAAUUACCACAAUUGUUCAGUGUCUCAAUGAAUUGGUCAAACUCCUCGAGGAGUAAAUGGAAGGAUGUUUUGGGUUUCGAUGACGGGGACGCCACUUUUGCCAAUCCAAGUCCUCCGAGUUCCCCUCCUGCUUCAUCUAUAUAUUCGGGAUUUCGAGAGAAGCUUCGACCCAGCACAUCAAAGAGUCGAGAGACAACUCAUCGUCCACCCAGUAGAGAGUCGUUUUGGUCUCGAUCGCAUACCCGAUCACACACAAACGCGAGUCGAAUAACAGCAGAAUCGACUCAAAGUCGAGAGUCAUUCUGGUCGCGAACACACGCCCGAAAGGCCACUCGAGAAACCUUCCGUCCAGGCACUUCCCAAAGCCGUCAUUGCACCUCACCCACACAAACCAACUACCCCUCUUAUCCCCGAUUCCCCAAAGACAUCACCUUCUUCCGCUCGAAAAGUGAUAUCCUUCUCAGCCCCUCCGCUCCCGCCCCUUCAAAGAACGACUUAAAGCCGCUCCCACCACCUCCCCACCUCUUCUAUAUCACCAUCCAAAAAGACAACCCCACAUCCCCGAUAAGCACCUCCCGACCCGACAUAAUCCUGCACUCUGGGCCCGAAAAAUCCUCGACCAUCCUCUCCCUCGCAAAAUUCCACUCCGUCACUCAAGCCACAGACAUCACCCUCUGCCCGCCGGCCCCAGAACCGACCUCCGCCAACUUCUCACGAACGAGUUUCUCGUUGCCCAUUCAAACAGGUCGAAGCGGAAGCGGACUCGAAGUCCAUUCGCCGACCAAAGAUCGCCCGACGUUCAAGUUCGAAGUCUUGACUCUGUCUGGGGGGAUUCUUACCACGGAGAAGUAUAGUUUUUGUCAUACGCUGCCGAGGACCCAGGAAAAGGAGCGGUUUGAGUGGAAGUACACGAGUGGACCGUUCGUGAGGACUGUUGAGAGUACGAGGGAGAGUGGGGGAUUGAAGUUAAUACGGUCGAGUACGGGGGAUGUGGUCGCUGUUUAUGCGGGGCUGGGACCGAGUUCGAGGGCGAGUAAUCCAAGUAGGGUCAUGGGGAUGUUUAGAUUCCUAACGGGGGAGGGAACGGCAGGUCUUGGGGGAGAGUUCGAGACUUUGGCGAUCAUGUCGAUUCUUGCUAUUGUGGAGAGGAAUCGGAGGGCCAUUAAGGCGCAUAAGCAGGCUUUUCAGUUGCAUUGAAUGCCUUGCAUGGAGUUCUUGGAGCUCUUGGAGUUUUGGAGCUCUCGAGGUCUUGAAUUUUUGGGCGGCUGGGAGCUGAUGAUCAUGAAGACAGCGAUGGCGCUUUGUGCCCGGGAUUUGGUAUUAAGAUUGAAGAUUUCUGUACUGAUACUUGAUGUUCAUUGAAUUGCUGAAACAAUGAGAUCUGUGUUA